AUGUUUCCAAAUCUCUCCAUUUCUGCUGUUGCAAAAACAACAAGUGUGAAAGUAAGCGUUGAGUAAGGUUUAAAAAAAAUUUAGUUGACCGAGAAACAAUUAAACACAUUGGAAAAGAUCUCUGGGCUAAAGUUUAUCAACGAAACCGAAGUGAAGAUGCUAGAAGAAGAUGUUCAUCUCGCAAACAAGAUAUUCAAAAGAAAUGCCGAGGUAAGUUUAAUAUUGUUGAAAUAUUUACGAUUAUUCCUAUCUAGGCAGUUGAACCCUUGUUCAGUAUGACAGAAGAGUCCAUCAACUGCCCUCUACGAGAAGACCAGUAUGUGAAAACCGACAGGAAAAAGGUGGGAUUCAGCAACAACUGCGUAACUUAUUUUAGAUUUUCGGAAACAUGGACAAGACUUUGGAAGGGUUCUUCCUUUCACCCACGGUGAGAUCUAAAGAAUAACAUGUUUCUAAGUUGUUGCAAGUCUGAAGGAAUAUAAUAAUUGAUAUUUUAUUCCCUAUAUAUAUACAUAUAAUGGCCCCGAUUUGCACAAUAAAUCUAAAAAACAGGUGCGAAGUUGCAUUUGUACGUCAAAGGAAAAUCAAUACAAACGUAACCAAACGACCCGCGACGUGCGCCCGAAGAAAGUAAAGCCAUACGAAAAUAAUUUUGCACAAACGUCGGUAUAAUGUUUUAAAGAAUUAUAAUUUAAUUUCUAUUCGGAAAAUGAAAGAACGCUCCUCUGGUAAGCUUCGUGAGGUCGGGCCAUGGAGCGAGCAGACCAGCUCUAGCGGCAAAAAGUAUUAUUACAAUCACGAAACCGAAAUUUCCCAGUGGGAAAAACCAAGUGUGUGGAGAGAAUACGAGAAGAAAAUAACAGAGGAGAAAGAUCGGCAUAGACAACCCCUAACACAUGGUAAGUACCCUUCACAUAAAUUAAUGACAUAUUUCUUUUUCAUAUAUUUAUUUUUUAGAUAACGCAAAACCGUCAACAAGCUAUCAUCACAAUGCAUCCAAGGAAAGCGCAGGAAGCCUCCAAUCACCCUUUCAAGGAAGAAACAGUUACAAUCCCUCAAAAGUUCGAGAGAGGGAGGAAUCUACGGGAUUGGAAGGUCCCCCUAUAAAGAGACCUUUUAUACCCGCAGACAAAGAUUCUCCAAAAGAUGUUCCCACUCAAGGGUUGCCUCACUUACCAUCACAAACAUCUAUUCCAACUGCAAGCCCGUUAUUACCACAAGCACCUCCGCCCCCGGUAUUACCACAAGAAGCUUUGACUUCAAGAUGCGACGAACCUAUGGACGUUGCCACAAGUCCGCCCCAAGAUAGCAAAGAGGCCAAGGUAACGCUUUCAUAAAGUGCAAUAUUUGCUUUUAGUCUAGCAUUCAUAUACCAGUUCCCUCUGUCCGACCAUUUGAUGAAGCGAAGUACCAUCUUUUCUACAAACCGAGUAAUUGCUCGUCAUUAAGGAAAAGUCUCGGAGCAGAGUCAUCACAGUUAGAACUUAAGAGGACCCAGGAGAAGCUACACAAGUCUAGAAUGGCUUUAAUGGAAUUAGAAACCUCUAUAAUAUCAGUACAGUCAUUACUCUUCACCGCUGAAGCAAAGAGUGCGCUACUCAGUGAGAAAUUCAGCUUUCUUGAUAAUCAGAUGGAAGCCAUAAAGCAUCUACAAUUUAAGACGGAGACUAAUAGUUUCCCAGUUUCCUCAAAAUCCCAACGGAUCGACCACACGAAUGGCACCAAGGGAUCGGAAGUAACCAAUGGGAAAGCUUCAUAA